AUGGUACUCACGUCGGGUAUCUCGUAUCAUGUCUUUUCAGCGGCUCAAUCUCUCUCCCAACAUCGUCGUCAAAAUGGUGACGAAUCGACGAAUGGUGUGAUCGCUUCGACUUCACACUGCUUCGAUCACCACUUAUACGCUUGUUGUUAUGAUGUUGUUGAUGGCGGUCCUGGUCUUCAGAGUGAUCAUGAUGAUGAUGAUGAGGCUGAUGGUGAUGAUCAUGACUGCGAUGUGUAUCAUGACUCCUUCGACCCGGAUGGCUUGUGUCCUCGUAAUGGCUAUAACCAGACCGAUGACUUCUCCGCGAGUCCGCACUUAGCCGUGGACGAGGGGAUGUGGAAGUUCUUCGAGUAG